AUAAUCUACAUUAUUCCCAUGUUCAAACAAGUAGCUUGUUGAGAGUAGGGCAGAUGAGGAUUAGUAGAAUCUUUAUCAUUCUUUUCUUAUGGUUUCAGUUCCAAGGAAUCUUUAUUCAUUUAGUUUUCUGCUGCAUCCCUCGUGAAAGAGAAGCUCUUUUGCAGUUCAAGAAUGAUCUUACCGGUCCUUUAAACCGGCUGGCAUCUUGGAUUGACGAUAGCGAUUGCUGUAGAUGGAGCGGUGUUGUCUGCCAUAACGUGACUGGCAAUGUCCUUGAGCUUCACGUCACCAGUAAUUUCUCAUUUGAUGAUUACUUGCAGUAUGGAAUGAAAUCAGCUGUGUUUGGAGGUAAGAUCAGUCCAUCUUUGCUUUACUUGAAGCACUUGAAAUAUUUAGAUCUCAGCAACAAUAAUUUUGGAGGAAUUCCAAUUCCAAAAUUUCUGGGCUCUAUCACAACUCUAAGAUACCUCAAUCUUAGUGGAGCAGGAUUUGGAGGAAUGGUUCCUCAUCAACUUGGAAAUCUCUCAAAUUUGCAGUACCUAAAUCUCAAUGGACAUGAUUACUUUUAUCAUCCCAAAUAUGUUGAAAGCUUAGAUUGGCUUUCUAGUCUUAGAUCACUGGAAUUCAUUGACCUGAGUUAUGUGAACCUUAGUAAAGCUUAUGAUUGGCUACACGUGUUAAAUACACUUCCUUCACUUGCGGAAUUACACUUGUCAUACUGUGAGCUUUAUCGUAUUGAUUAUAAUCUUCCCCGGGUUAACUUUUCAUCCCUUAAUAUACUUGAUUUAAGAGAAGCUUUUCAACCUCAGGAGGUCUUAGUGCCCCAUUGUAUUUUUGGCAUUAAAACUUUGACUGUUCUUGAUCUUGGAUGGAAUCAUUUCCUUGGACCUAUACCUUUUCAUAUUCAAAACUUAACCUCGCUAAUACAACUCGAUUUAUCAUAUAAUCAGUUCAAUUCUUCCAUACCAGAUUGGUUGGAUGGUUUUUCCCAACUUGAGUUUCUUUACCUUCAAUUGAAUGGGUUAGAAGGUAGAAUUCCAAGUAGCAUUGGAAAUUUGACUUCCCUCAAUACCAUUGACUUGUCCUAUAACAAAGGACUUGAAGGAGGAAUUCCAGCAUCAUUCAAAAAUCUUUGCAAUUUGAGGUCACUUCAUCUAUCUUUUUUGCCAAUGUUCCAAGACUUCAAUGAGGUAUUAGAAAUUCUGUCAGCGUUCUUCCCCAAGCUAGAGUCAUUGGUUUUGAAUUCAUGUAGCUUAUCAGGUCAUCUUCUCACUGAUCAUCUUGUGAAAUUGAAAAAUUUAGUCGAACUGGGUCUAAACGGUAAUUCAAUUUAUGGUCAGGUUCCAGAGAGUUUAGGGGAGCUGAAAUCUUUGAGUCAGCUCUACCUAGGGAACAACAACCUGAAUGGAACACUCCCAUACAGUUUUGGAAUGCUUGAAAAUUUACAAUACAUAGAUUUAUCACAAAAUGCAUUAGAGGGUGAAGUUUCUGAAACCCAUUUCACAAAACUCAAAAAUCUAAAGAGCUUCCAGGCAUCUGGGAACGGUCUAGUUCUAAGAGUUAACCCUGAAUGGGUUCCUCCUUUUCAACAGAUAGAAGAAUUAGCUUUAGGGUCGUGGCAUGUCGGCCCUUUGUUUCCGGCAUGGCUUCGUCCGCUUAAGCACUUAAACAGUCUCGACUUGUCCUCCUCAAAAAUUUCAAGCACCCUUCCUCUUUGGUUCCUUAACAUGUCUCUCACAACAGUUGAUAUCAAUCUUUCUCAUAAUCAAAUGCAUGGAAAUAUUCCAUACAUCAACUUUGAAGAUAGCCACUUUUCAUACAUUGACUUGAGCUCAAAUCAUUUCGAAGAUCCACUGCCUCAAGUGUCUUCCAGUCUCAGACUUUUGGACCUUUCCAACAAUUCAUUUUCAGGGUCGAUAUCUAACUUCUUAUGUGGUAACAUGCAUAAGAUAAAUGAUAUGUUUGUCCUUAACCUUGGGAAAAAUCGUUUAUCUGGUGAGUUACCCAAUUGCUGGGAGAACUGGAAGAAUUUAAUAGCCCUCACACUAAGCGACAACAAUUUCAGUGGAAAAUUCCCUCCAUCAAUUGGAUCACUAAGUGAAAUCGAGUUUUUGGACAUCCACAACAACAAUAUGUCAGGUGAAAUACCAUUGUCACUUCAAAAUUGGAAAAACUUAAAUGCACUUGACUUGCGCGACAAUGAAUUGGGAGGAGACAUUUCAACAUGGACGACAGGAGAACAACUUCCUCAGUUAGUAAUUCUCAAUCUUCGUCGAAAUAAAUUUCAUGGCCAGAUAUCCGAGAAACUAUGUAGCAUGAUGUUUUUACAAAUUUUAGAUCUUGCCGAUAACAAUCUCAGUGGAACUAUACCGAAAUGUAUCAGUAAUUUGACUGCAAUGAAAACAGAGUGGGGCAGUGGACAGUGGACCAAUAAAUAUGGAAUGGGUACAGUUAUAUUUACAGAGAGUUCUGCUGUUAUGAGCAAGGGAAGAACGAUGGAAUAUGACACUAUUCUUCCCUACGUAAGGAGCUUUGACCUUUCAAAUAAUAAGCUAUCUGGAGAGAUUCCUGAAAAAGUAACAAGCCUAAUACAGCUACAAUCUUUGAACUUGUCAAAUAAUCUUUUAGAUGGGACAAUUCCAGAGGAUAUAGGUGCUAUGCAAUCACUGGAAUCUCUUGAUUUUUCUCAAAACCAGCUUAUUGGUGAAAUCCCACAAAGCAUGGCAAACUUGUCAAGUUUGAGCUACUUAAACUUAUCCUACAACAAAUUGUUAGGAAAAAUUCCUGUAAGCACCCAGUUAGGAAGUUUGGAGGCCUCAAGUUUCAUCGGCAACAACCUUUCCGGACCUCCGCUUACUAAGGACCCGAGAGACGCUCAUACAGUUCAGAUCGAGAAAGAAAGCAGAACAGCAGACGAAAAAGACGAAGUGGUGGAUUGGUUCUACGUGUAUGUGAGCAUUGCUCCUGGAUUUGUGGUGGGGUUUUGGGUUGUAGUAGGUCCUCUAGCUUUCAACAGACGCUGGAGGCAUUUAUAUUUUGCUUACUUAAAUCAGCUGUGGAACAAAAUUUGUGAAUACUUUUAGUUGUGUGUUAUGUACUUAAUUUUGUUUUGUUAGUAACAGACUUAAUUAAAGGUUCCAGGUUAAUGAUGUAAAUCUUUCUUCUACU